UAUUUGGAACCGCCCCUUCUGCUCGAUACAAGCGGAGUCGUACGUAACAAUACUAGUCUGUGACUGAGAUGCGCUUGGCUUUAGAAAAAUGAAGCGUAGAAGAACUAACUUCUUAUACUAAAAACGCGGGGUUUCCAUUCGUGAACUUUGCGUGUAAAGCCGUGUCAUCUCCCGGAGGUUUGCGCUCUGAUCUUAGCCAAUUCCCGACGUGCCGAGAUGAUGAAGCUGAAGUCAAACCAGACUCGCACCUAUGAUGGAGACGGGUACAAGAAGCGGGCCGCCUGCCUGUGCUUCAGGAGCGAGACCGAGGAGGAGGUGCUGCUAGUGAGUAGCAGCCGACAUCCUGAUAAGUGGAUUGUGCCCGGAGGAGGAAUGGAACCACAGGAAAACCCUGAUGAUGCUGCUGUUCGAGAAGUGUGUGAAGAGGCUGGUGUCAAGGGCACUUUAGGAAGACUAGUAGGAAUAUUUGAGAAUCAGGAUAGGAAACACAGGACGUAUGUGUAUGUUCUCAUUGUAAAAGAAGUACUGGAAGACUGGGAAGACUCUGUAAACAUUGGGAGAAAAAGGGAAUGGUUUAAAAUAGACGAUGCCAUACAAGUGUUGCAGUGUCACAAGCCAGUGCAGGCCACCUACUUCGAGGCUCUACAAGAGAGCUGCCUGACGAGCAAUGGCACCCCCCUAGUGGCCACGAUAGCUGAAGAUCUCUCGCCAAGCUACAACAUCAAUCAGAGCUCUGUCUCUGACAACAGAUAACUAACGUAUAACACUGACACUCCGGAUGCUUCCGCCACCACUCUUGCUCUUAUUCUUUCAGUAUUCUUGUUUUUCCUCUUUCUUUCCGUUUUUUUCCCUUUACUCUAAAAAUACGGUUUGCCUUGCCAACCCUUUUUUUGUGUGCCAGAGAGGUGGCACGAACUUGACAAAGUGUUGGGUAAAUAUUCAAAAACAUGUUUUAUAAAUGUAAAUUUAAUGUUUGUUGCUAUCUACUAUGAUUUUGUUUCCCCACCUCUCCUUCAGAAUGGACAAUUGCAUGAAACCAUCCCAUCCUUCUUUUCCUCUUCCUUCUCUUCACUUUCGUGCCCUCAGUGACCCAAGUGUGAGGUUAAAUGAAUGCAAGAACUACUUUUUACUGUUGUGAUGUAAAUACAAGUAGCCUAGUGCUUAUGCUUAAGGCUUUCGAUAUUUUUUACGCAUCCAUUUUUUUUCUUGUACGCGAGAGCGAGUGAGCAUGUAUUUGUGUGAGUAGUGCGAGUACGUGUUUGUUCUUGGAAACCACCUACAACAAUGAGAUAGAAAUGCUUAGCUUUCUGAAGGGAUGAAACCGUCAGUGAGAGGUCAGUUGGUUUGCAUGAGCACUGAUAUUUAUUUGUCUUACAAGUUUGGGAUCUGAUGAAUGUUCAACCUGUAUUUGGUGUCAGUAGGUCUUUUUGAGUGAUUUCUUCUUUCUCUUUUUGCCCCUCUUGCUAUUUUGUAAAUAUCUUACAGGUUGACAAAAUGCACACUCGUGUUUAAUUAUAUUUGUUUCCUUACUAGAGUGGUGCCUAAAUGUGUGUGUGAACCCCAGAAAUGGUUAAAAGGCGAGCAGUUUAUUGCAAGCGAGCAGGAUGAGAACUGAUGGGUUUUGUGCACCGCUUGCAUCCAUCUGUGCUGUAACAAGUACAGCCAACAGUCAGUCCUACAGGUCCAGUCAUUUCAGCAGUGUUGAUAUUUCUGAAAAAAUAAAAAUUCUUUUGGUUUUAUUCA